ACCUGAAACUACAUGCUUUGCCAGUCGUGACUCAGUAUGUCUGUUGAUAGUACUUCCUGUGUGCGUAUCAUACGUUCGUGGUACAUUGUGUUUGAAGCACGAUGAAGUACGCAAUUCUUUUGCUCGCCAUAUUCGCCAUUCAAGGUAUUCGAAGUCAAAAUUGUACUCGCACAAACCAUCAGAGCAAUAUCUGCGCCAAACCCUGUAAUCCAUCAAAGAAUGAAUGCGGUAGAAACGAAGAUUGUAUAUGCGAUGGUGACUGUGGCCAUAGUUGCGUAAAAAGAGGCCUUCAGUGUCCACGAUUGAGCCGAAUUGAUAAAGGUCGAGUUAAAUUAAAAAAUACCACAUUUAGGUCAGUUGCCAAGUAUCAAUGCAGAUCACCAUACAAGGCAAUCGGAUCUAAAAAGAGAACAUGCAGAGGAAAUGGCACCUGGGACGGUCAGGAGCCUGUUUGCAAACUGAUGUGCCCAGUCCCACCAAGAAUCUUAAAUGGUACAAUGAAGUAUGAUAGCUUAGAAGUUGGGCAAAAGGUGACUUACACUUGUUCGCCUGGAUUCGUAAUGGAAGGUAGGAACACAUUGACUUGUGCGAGGAGUGGCGCCUGGAACAGAGGUGAGCCAAAGUGCGUAUGCAAGAGAACCAAUCGUGAACAUUGGAAAUUCUGUAGGAGACAAUGCAACCCAAGCACAUCCGGAAGCUGCAGAAACAACCAGGAAUGUAUUUGUGAUGGAGACUGUGGAUACAGCUGUGUUCCGAAAGCUCUGGAAUGUGGAAGACCAUCAAAAUUGGAGAAUGGAAAACAGAAAUAUUCCUCCCGAAGACUUGGGUCUGUUGUAAAGUAUAAUUGCAAUGAACCUUACACCUUGAUCGGACCCAAGAAGCGUACUUGUCGUGGCAUAAAGAGAUGGGAUGGCAAUGAUCCAUCAUGUAAAAUCAUCUGUAAGGAUCCUGGAGAUAUCGAUUUUGGUAACAAACAACUCUACCGACGAAAUUUCGAAGAAGAUUAUCUGGAAGUAGGAGAUAGAGUGGAAUAUAACUGCUUCCCAGGUUACGAAAUGGAAGGCUCAAAAUAUCUUGUUUGUGGUUCAACGGGAGAAUGGAAUAAAGAUAAGCCAAAAUGCAAACUUCCAAACUGUGAUCCUCCACAGCUUCCAGAAAAUGUCGAUUUCAGGUUGCCCCAUCAAAAAAAGACACGGUCGUUCAAGUUUCAAGAAAAAGUACUACUGAAGUGUCAAACGGGGUACUUCCAAAACGGAAUAGGCCUGCUAACAUGCAAAACGAAAGGAAAAUGGACUGGUUCUUCGUUCACUUGCUCUCCUAAAAGUUGUGGCAGGCCACAAAUCCCUCUCCAUGGCAACGUGAAAUCACACGUUUUUACGUUCCGAAGUAAGGUUUAUUUUGAAUGUAACCCCGGCUUCAAGUUGGUUGGAGACAAGUAUCGCCAAUGUCAGGCGAAUCAAAAAUGGAGUGGACGUGUGCCAACCUGUAAACUAAUCGAUUGCGGUAGGUUGUCAACUCCACAUAAAGUUUUAAUAGUUUCGGAAACCGGUCACACGCGACUUGGCGGUUAUGUGAAAUAUCGGUGUAAGGAGAAAGGCUACGAGCUGAUUGGUUCGGAGACUCGAGUUUGUCAAAACGAUGAACAGUGGAGCGGAGUUGAACCUUCGUGCCAAAUUAUAAACUGUGGGAAUCCAGGUGCCGCAGCUAACGUUAAACGAAUUAGAAUUACAAAUGGUUUUGAUUAUGGUAGCUCGGUGGAAUUCGCUUGUGAGGCGAAUUACAUUUUGACGGGAUCCAAAAUAAUAACCUGUGGAGAAACAAAAGAGUGGAGUUCAACUGCCCCAAGUUGUCUUGCUCCAUGUUCAGACCCUGGUGAGCCAGGGAAUGGAACAAGAAUUGGAGAUGACUUUAAGCAUGGGAAAUUCAUAAAUUUUACAUGUGAUGACGACUUUGAACCUGUUGGGAAAAAAACCAUCCAAUGUUUGGAUGGAAAGUGGAAUCACAAGAUACCCCAGUGCAAAGAAAUCUCGUGCGGAGAUCCAGGAACACCAACAGAUGGAAGGCAAACAAAUGUCGUCAAAAACUUUGCUUUCAGAGGAACAGUAGAAUUCCAGUGUGAUAAAGACUACACCUUGCAUGGCAAAUCAUCUCUUUCUUGUCAAAGGAACAAGACGUGGGAUGGAGAUGUUCCAAAGUGUUUAGCAUCCUGCUCCCACCCUGGUACUCCACUUCACGGGGAAACCAUUGGAAGUGCUUUUGAACACGAUUCAGUCGUAAAUUUCCAAUGUUUACCCAACCGUGUUUUAGAUGGCGCCUCGAGGAUGAAAUGUAACAACGGGCAGUGGGACGCACAGCUCCCAGCAUGUAGAGAUUGCGACGGACCCCUGAGCACCUCCAGCAGACCUAUCAACUGUUCAAGGGGAGGAGAUCUGAGUUAUUUAGAGAUAAACCUCCAAAAGGAAAAUACUAUUACGGCAGCAAGUAUCCAGCUGGGAAAAGAUAAAGGAAAUGUUAAACAGAUUCAAAUAAAAAUGCGUCUUUCCAGCAAAUGGGUAAACAUUGGCCAACCUUUCAAGCCAUCUUUCAGUGAAGGAGUGACAACAAUGAAACUUCCUCAACCGGUUUUUUCUCAGUCUUUGCAAGUUCUGCUUAUCACCAAACAGGAACUCUCUAGUUGUUUAACACCGACAUUAUAUGGAUGUGAUGCAGUACGUCGAGGUUGUAUCAUGCCAGGCUCCGCAGUCCUCUUCAAAGAAGGAGGAAAAUAUCGUAAAGGGCGUUUUGGGUUUGUCUCGAGUAAGGGGUUGGAAGUCGUUGCAGGAAAUCGACCCAAAUAUUUAAGCAAAGAUGACAUACUAAUUCUUGAUGAGAAACCUAACGUCAACCAGCUAACUGAAGGCACUAUAGUCAUUGGAACAAAUUCGCGAGGGAAAAUAAAGAGGGGAAACAUAAAAAGAUCGUGCAGUUCCACUUCCUGUCCUAUUGAAACAAACGGUGUAGAGUGGCAGAGCAAAUUAGAAAACGUUCGAUUAUUCAAAGGAGAAUUGUGUAAAUAGUUCACGUUCAUAUGUUAUAUAAAAUGUCUGAGCGGA